AUGGUCUACCCAUUUGAUGACUUGGAAAUGCUUGGCUGGAAGGCCGUCGAUGGGCAGCCUGGAACGGUGACAAGGCUAAACGACCUGUCGAGUGGUGUGCUUAUUGACCAUGGAUUGCCCUUGGCCGAACUACUCGAUCGAAUCUCGGAGAGCUGGCUCCGCCUUCGCUUUCACAGUCCUCUCAUCGGCGCUAAAGUUUAUCAUGAUUCAGAUCCAGAGACUUUGGGAUCAUGGGUGUACACUGCGGUCACACUCGAACAGGCCAAAGCAUGGCUCCAACAGUCGCUCCACUUUCACUUCUACCCGAAUGGUCAACUUACAAGUGAAGCUGUCGAAGAGUUCGUUUCUGCGCAGAUAAAAACAGCCUUGCCGUUCGACGGCAAAGGAGAUGUGCUCGUUCAUGGACAUAUUUUGGUAGAGCGUUCAUCAGGCAGAAUGGCAAUCGUGAUUCAUGGAACGCACGUCAUCUUUGAUGGGCCAGCCUUGCUGGACUUUCUGUAUCUCUUUCUGGAGCAUAUUACAUCUCCACAUAGUUCUACCCCUAGCACCGAGCUAGACUGGGGAACAGAGAUGUCAAACCUUCCUCCACAUCCAGUUCAUCUUGUCGGAGGUGCCCAAGAUGGGUGGGAAGCUGAAGGCAUUGCCAUGCUCAAAGAAAUGGAUCUCAUCCUCGGCGACGAGAGGGGCUCGCAUACUCUUCGUCCUAGUCGUCUCCAAGUCGCAGCGGUGGGGACAGUCCAAAAGGUAUACCAUUCUUUUGACCACGAAGAAACGUCUAAGAUUCUAUCGAGCAUCAAAACUCUGCAAAGUACGGUCACAGUUGCAUUAGAGGCAGCCCACGUCCUCGCCACUCUCAACCUUCACGCCCCGACUCAUUACCAAGGGCGUACAGUUCUUUUUCCGUCCAUCGUCGCACUUCGGCACAAGUUCUGCGUACCAUGGAAUAAGCGCAGUACCGUAGUAGGCACAGGGAGUGCCGUCCCGAUCACCGUCACGCACAAUCUACUCCAACAUGGUACCGAGCGCGAAAAGUUGCUCAACGCAAUGAUAGAUAUCAAGAAGCAGUACACAAAGUGGCUGAGCAAUCCGCAUCAUCCGUUGAUUGUUCCCGCGCAGCAAGCUAUGAAUCCUAUCCGACAGAAGACCACGAAACCGGAUGCCGAGAUUACGAGUCUAGGUGUCCUAGAUAGAAAGUUGCCAAUCGUCUGGAAAGGAGAGGAUGGAAAGGAUGUUUUGGUGAUCAAGGACUUUUCCUUGUCAUUGCGCAGGACGACCCCGGUAUUGAUGACACACAGUUGGACACUGAAUGGGUCUCUGAGGAUUCAAUGCCAGGGUAGUGACGUCUGGGAUAUUGAACAGAUGCAACGGUUCCUCGAUGAAAUUGUCCGCCUCGUCAGGGUACUCACAUUCACGUCUGUAUCGUAG